AUGCAAGAACCAAGCCUGGAAAUACCUGUGGUAAAUGACCCACUUGCAGAUGCAUUAAAGGAUGUUUAUGAUGUCGUCAAACUCAUACUGCGAGUAAAAACACAACAAGUGAUUAUCCAGGAUCCACCAUUGACGGAUCAGACCAUAGAUGAGGCAAUAGAUUCUGAUGAUACAGUUGAGGAAACCGUUUCUCCCUCAGAUGAUAUCACAAUUUUACUGCAAAACAGUCAAGGAAGUGAGAGACUACAUACAAUCGAGACAUCCGAAAGUGGUAAUGGUACCCAGGAAGAACUGAGCAAGGAAGGUCUCCAUUUCGAAAGUGGUACACACAAUGGUCAUCUAAUGGAAAACAAACUUGUGAUAAAUGGAGGAUAUGAAAACAAUAAAGAAGCAAUCGAUGGUCGAGAAGAAGAAGAUCAUGAUAAUGAUGAGGACGAUGGAGAAGGAGAUGAAUUACCGCUACGUAAAUGGAGAGUUGAAAUAUGUCUACUUGAUAAAGAAGGGAAUGAGAUUGAAGCAUCUAUACUAAAAUCAUGCACAUAUUAUCUCCAUCCAACGUUUGCAAAUCCUGUUCGAAAAAUCAGCUCUCCACCAUUCACAUUAGAUGAACAAGGUUGGGGUGAAUUUGAAUUUAAAAUAAUAUGCAAUCUCAUAGAACAAGCGGGUAAAUUUAUUGUAUUCCAUGAUCUUCAGUUUUCAGAAGAAGCAUAUGCUAUGGAUUACUCGAUUUAUAUCUCAUGUAAUACGCCACUAAUACGAAGUUUUCUUGAGAGUCAUCAUCUUUUGCCAGAUACUUCUAUCGAAAAUGUUGAUGAACUCAUACACAAGGAAAUAUACAAAGCACAUUCUAAGUGGAUCAAAGAAGUGCCAUAUUACGAUGAAGAUCUCGUUGAUGAGAUAACCCAAAUGAUAAUUAAUCAUCCUUCUGUCAUGACGGAAAUAAAUAAAUAUCCCAGAAAGGAAGCGUUUGUUAUGGGAUUCUAUCAGUUACCACUAGAUUUAUUGAAUUCUAUUCGUGCACAUAUUAAUAAAGAACAUGACGUUAAACAAGAUGUGGAAUGUUCAGAUGGUGCGUAG